GAGAGGCGGGGGAUUGCGAACAGACUGACUGGAGGACUUGAGGUCUUCUGCGGUCUCAGUCGGAGCGGACGGUACUGAAAUAGGUCGGAAAAAGUUUCUCUGGAGUACCUCUGCCGUCGACACGGAGCACCGGAGACACCACGGGAGUUGUGCUUUCCUCAAGUCAGAUAUGAGGAUCUCUGCAGGCCUGGGUUGCUGAGCAGCUGAGGUCAGAGUUCAAGUACUUGUUCCAACAGACAUGGCUGACAGAGAGGCGCUGCCCAUCGCUCCGGGCCAGGUCUACAUUGAGGUGGAAUAUGACUACGAGUACAAGGCCAAAGACAAGAUGGUGACUAUCCGGCAGGGAGAGUGUUAUAUGCUGGUGAAGAAGACCAAUGAGGACUGGUGGCAAGUGAGAAAGGAGGAGGGCACAAAGGCGUUUUAUGUACCGGCGCAGUACGUCAGGGAGGUGCGCAGGGCUCUCAUGCCCCCCCAGAAACCCGCUUUGAGGGCCAAGCCCACUGUUUUGGAUAUCUGCCGGGCGUCCAAUGAAAACCUCAACAGGCCUCAGCCAGAAAUGUCCAGCUUUGGACGCCCGUCACCUUCCUCCACCCCCUCUCCAUCCUCUGAUCGCAUCACACCCCCUGUACUGCCCAAGGAUGCUAACCAGAACAUGGGGAGUCCCCACCACUGCAAAUUGGUGGCUGAAUUGGUACUUCUUCACAACAACAACAACCAUCACCACCCCAACAAUUCCACGUUGCCACGGACACGGGCUGAUUCCCCAACCCCGAAAUUAGGGAACAACCACAAAAGCCCAGAUGGUGACAAGAUGUCCCCUCCAAGUGAGCUGCCAGGAGAGGGGCUGAACAAGCUCCGCAACGACUCGGAGUCUGGGGACGAGCUGAGCAGCAGCUCCACAGAACACAUGCAGACAACGUCACCCACAGGUCAGGGUCGGUCUGACUCACCUGUCUACACCAACCUCCAGGAGCUGAAGAUCUCUCAGUCCAGCUUGCCUCCCAUCCCCUCAGGCUCCCCAAUCCACAUCCUGGGUGACUGGGAGACCCACAAAGAUCUGAGCGGCAGGCACUUCUAUUACAACCGGGCCACCGGGGAACGGACCUGGAAGCCACCACGCACCAGGGAUACUAGCAGCAGCACCAGCAGCAUCCGAGGAGACAACCAGUGCCCAGCGGAGAGUGAGCCACUGUCCUCAGAGGAAAACUGCCACAGCACCCACUCCAGUCAGUCUGACAGCCAGUAUGGAUCACCCCCUAGAGGCUGGUCUGAAGAGCUGGAUGAACAUGGACACACCCUCUAUGUGUCUGAAUACACGCAGGAGAAGUGGAUAAAACAUGUGGAUGAGCAAGGUCGACCCUACUACUACAGUGCUGAUGGCUCCAGGUCAGAGUGGGAAUUGCCGAAGUACAAUAUCUCCCCUCAGCCCGGUGAAGUUCCCAAGAGUCGCAGCCUGGAGAGAAAGCCGGAUCCCAUUGUCCUCACUAAGUGGAGGCACAGCACCUAUGUCUUAGACCUCAGUGACAAGGAGUGUGCUCCGGCGCCUAAGCAGAGCUCUCCAGACUCUGACUCCUGCCCCUCAUCUCCUAAGCACCCCUUGACCCCUUCCGAGAAGUGUGGCGUUCUCAAUGUCACCAAAAUCACAGAGAACGGAAAGAAAGUCAGGAAGAACUGGACGUCCUCAUGGACUGUGCUGCAGGGAUCAUCCCUGCUCUUUGCAAAGGGUCAGGGGGGCAGCACCAGCUGGUCAUACUACCGCAGUGACUCUAUCCCAGAGCUGCUCCUCACACUUCUUAGCAGCUGGAAGCACUCGGUCAAGCCCCGUCCCGCUGUCUCCUAUGUGAACUGUAGGCCUGGUCAGGCUGCCACUAAGUUUGGCAGCAAUCAGUCGAAGCCGGAGUUCACUGUGGAUCUGCGCGGGGGGUCAGUGGAGUGGGCCUCCAAGGACAAAUCUAGCAAGAAGCACGUCAUUGAGCUGAAGACCCGUCAAGGCACAGAGCUAUUGAUCCAGUCAGAGAUCGACAGCGUCAUCAGUGACUGGUACCGCGCCCUUACAGAGACCAUCAACACACAUGCUUGGGAGUCAGAUGAGGCCAUUGAGGAGGACAUGCCUGAGUCUCCGGGAGCUGAAAAACAGGACAAGGAGAAGGAUCACCGGGACACCAAGAAGAGCAGAGCAAUGAAAAACUCUGUGAGCAUGGACUCGUCAGACCAGAAGAAAACCAGGAUGAAGCUCAAGAAGUUCCUGACACGUCGACCCACAUACCAGGCUGUCCGAGACAAAGGAUACAUCAAAGAUCAGGUGUUCGGCUGCAGUCUGACCAGUCUGUGUCAGCGGGAGAACACAUCAGUGCCCAACUUUGUCAAAAUGUGUAUCGACCAUGUGGAGAACACAGGUCUCAAUAUCGAUGGCUUAUAUCGAGUGAGCGGGAACCUGGCGGUGAUCCAGAAGCUUCGCUUUGCUGUGAAUCAUGACGAGAAGGUGGAUCUCAAUGACAGUAAGUGGGAGGACAUCCACGUCACCACCGGAGCUCUCAAGAUGUUCUUCAGGGAGCUUCCAGAGCCACUGUUCACAUACGGAUCCUUCAAUGACUUUGUGAAUGCCAUCAAAUGUUCAGACUACAAACAGCGAGUGAAUUCAAUCAAAGACUUAAUCAAGAAGUUGCCAAAACCCAACCACGACACAAUGCAAAUCCUCUUCAAACACCUGAGGAGGGUGGUAGACCACGGAGAGGCCAACCGUAUGACCACACAGAGCGUGGCCAUCGUGUUCGGACCCACGCUGCUGAGGCCCGAGACGGAGACGGGCAACAUCGCGGUCCACAUGGUCUACCAGAACCAGAUAGUGGAGCUUAUACUGCUCGAGUAUGAAAGUAUUUUCAGUAGGUAGAGGUUGCCCACUCAGGAAGAGGAUGCCACACAUUUCCCCUCCUCUCUUUUUUUUUUUUUUUGGACUGAACUGAACAUUGCUGUGGACCAAGCAGAAAAAAAUUACUAAAGUGUUGCACUUAAAGAAUUUUUGGACAUGAAUUCAAAGAAAAAAACAAAGCGUCUAAAUCUCACCCACUUUUUCAGUUGCCAUUCCUGCUGCGAGUAGCAGGCCGGAUGAGGUUUUCAGAGUGUUGCUGUGAUGAUGUGUGGAUGUCAGUGUGAUUUGGUGGAUUUGAGUAUUCAGGUGUUUUUCACAUACACUGGAUCCCAGUGGCCAGUAAUUAAAGCGGAGCUGCUCGCCCCUCCCAGUGGAAUCCGACCGGACUUGCAGAUUGCAGCAAAAAAAAAAAAAAAAAGAAGUGUUAAAAGCUGAAGAGGCAACCUCCUGAUCUCCCUAAAAUAAACUGGAUCCGGUUUCUGUGUCGUGGAGCUUUGUUUGUGACGUGUGAGCCCUUUGUGCUUUUGGAUGAGGUGGAAAAAUAAUCAGUGUUAAGCUAACAGACUGUCUUUUGGCACUUGGAUGAACUGGAAUUACAGAUCAACUUCCCACUUACCUUAGUGACAUCAUCACCUCCCCCCUUCAACCAGUGUCGGCAUUAAUCCUUUGACACACAAGCGUGCGGAGUGAAGUAAACGGCAGAAAAGCCGAGCAGAAGCAUCGCCGUCUCGCCAUGUGGUAACAAAAUGUGUGUCGUGUAGUCUAACGUGCUUUGGUAACAUUUCUGUUAAGCUCCCCGGGGGGGGUGGGGGCUCAUCACCCGUGUUAAACUUCAGUGGCGAAACUUCCUGGUGUUACUGGAAAACAAGGAAGUGGACUUCUGGGAACUUCGGUGUUACCAUCACACAUGAAUUUGCUGACCCUUCUCCUCACUUAAGCUAAUAUUAAAGAGUGUCCAGAGAAGCGGAGCGGUACUGAGGACAUCGCGUGGGAGCCUUUAAAUCCUUUCAGAGCGCAUGUACAGGGGAAGAAAGUAGCUGUUAAACUGUUCUAGUGACUGGGGUGUGUAUGCUUUGAUGGUGAACCAGUGAAAGAUUUUGAUUUUGUAAAUUCAAAUGAAAACAUGGGAAAUACAGAUUGUGAAAAGGAAAAAAAAAAAAAAAACAUGACCGACUGUUACUUUUGUUUGCAGGUGUAUCUGGAGUGUUUGCGCAUGGUCAGCUGCACAUUUUGAAUGUACUUUUCAGGCUAACUGCUGUUUGUGAAACUGCUAUGUCUAAUAAAAAAAAACAAGACAAA